CCCCCGUGCCGAGCCCCGGCCCGAGGGCGGCGGCGGCGGCUGUUGGUGACAGCUUGCAAAGGUGACCAGUAAAGUUCUCUCUGAGCAGCCAAAAAGCAGACAGCUCAUGACUUCUGAUCAGGACACUAAAGUUGUGGCUGAACCGCAGGUGCAGCAAGUACAAGAAGUUAAGGACGGUUCUCAUCUAGAGUCAACCAAGGUUUCUGAGUUAAACCCCAAUGCAAAGGUGUGGGGAAAUCAUAUGUUACACUUGGAAGCAAGUGGUGCCACUGAUGGUAGCGUGAGCAAAACGUGGGAAGAAAUACCUGACCAGCCUCCAGACUCUUGUAAAGAAGGACUGGAUGCCAAUGGCGAUGGUGACAGCAAACAUCAGAAUGCGGUGCUGACAGAGCUGCCGGAGCCGUCCCCAGCUGUUCCGGGCUCAGAGCAGACGGAUAUGAACCCUUUGGCUCUCGAUCAUUCCGAGUAUGAGUCUGUGCAUGAAACAACCCAGACAGGUGGAAAUGAACAGUUGCAGCCAGAAGGACAGGAAGAUUUACGAGAAUUACUGAAAAAGACACUGGAAGUCUGUUUAUCUAGAGAAAAUCUUGCCAGUGACAUGUACCUUAUAUCACAGAUGGACAGUGAUCAGUAUAUGCCAAUAAUGACAGUAGCAAACCUUGAUCAUGUCAAGAAACUCAGUACUGAUAUGGAUUUGAUUGUUGAAGUGCUGAGAUCGUUGCCUUUAGUUCAAGUGGAUGAAAAGGGGGAAAAAGUUCGGCCAAAUCAGAAUCGCUGUAUUGUGAUUUUACGUGAAGUACCUGAAUCUACUCCCAUUGAAGAGGUUGAAGCACUUUUCAAAGGAGACAAUUUGCCUAAGUUCAUCAACUGUGAGUUUGCCUAUAAUGACAAUUGGUUCAUCACAUUUGAAUCAGAAGCUGAUGCACAGCAGGCUUACAGAUACCUUAGAGAAGAAGUGAAGACUUUCCAAGGAAAACCAAUUAAGGCAAGGAUAAAAGCAAAGGCAAUAGCUAUAAACACGUUUUUGCCAAAGAAUGGAUAUAGGCCUCUGGAUAUGAACCUCUACACGCAGCAGCGCUACACUGCAUCCUUUUACAUACCUCCAGUAUACAGUCCCCAGCAGCACUUCCCACUGUACAGCUUAAUUGGCCCACAGACCUGGUCAGCCACACACAGCUACCUUGACCCUUCAUUGGUAACACCAUUUCCAAAUACUGGGUUUAUCAAUGGGUUCACAUCUCCAACCUUUAAGCCUGCUGCUUCUCCGCUGACAACGCUCAGACAAUAUCCUCCCAGGAACAGGAAUCCUAGCAAGUCACAUAUACGACAUACAAUACCCAGUGCAGAAAGGGGACCUGGGCUUCUAGACAGUCCUACAAUAUUCAACUUUUCUGCUGAUCGUUUAAUCAAUGGCGUCAGGAGUCCACAGACGCGGCAGCCGGGACAAAGCAGGACACGGGUGCAGAGUGCUACCACCAGUUACACCAAGAGGGAAGUGGGAACUGGGCGGAUGGAACAGACCAGCGUUGACUCGUCCCCUGGAUUAGGGAGAGGAAGGAAAAACUCCUAUGGCUACCGAAAGAAAAGGGAGGACAAGUUUACAAGAGGCCAAACACAGUCUCCACCACCCCCAAAACCUCCAUCUCCCAGCUUUGAAUUGGGAUUAUCUAGCUUUCCUCCAUUACCCGGGGCUGCUGGCAAUUUAAAGACUGAAGACCUGUUUGAAAACAGACUGUCCAGUGUGGUAAUAGGAACGUCAAAAGAAAGAAACAUUAAUGUGGAUGCAAGUACAAACACUAUUCCAUCAGGAAUUCCUCGAGAGCCGUUACCAGUUUCUUCUACAUUGCCCAGGACCUUUGAAAGGUCUCCUUCGCCACCCCAGCCUACUGAUUUCACUUCUCAUGAGCCUUGCUUCCUGCUGGAUGCUUACAGGGACUCCAAAGUUGUGGAUAAACAGCAGAGAGAGACACAGAGUACAGAAAGACUUUCUUCUUCCACACUGAGUACUGCAUGUAAAUCGGUACAAGUCAAUGGGGCUGCCAUAGAACUGCGAAAACCUAGUUAUGCGGAAAUUUGCCAGAGAACAACUAAGGAUCCUCCUACAUUGCAACCCCAGAAAGACCAGAAGCCAAACACUGUAGCAUGUGGGAAAGAAGAAAGGAAGGCCACAGAAACAAUAGAGAAAAACAGAGAACCUCCUCCUGCAAAGUCACAUCCUGGACAACCCAAAGACCAGAGGAGACAGUCAGGACGCAGAUCGUCCCCUCCAGCCGUUGGCAAACGCUUAAAUAAAGAACAGAGUACCCCUCCAAAAUCUCCUCAGUGAAAAUAACACCUGGGAGGGAUUUGAGAAGAGGUCUGUUUCCCACAAAUUAAACCCAUGUUCCCACUAAGAUACCUGAGAAUGAGUUGCUGGUUAGGAGCUUGCAGUGAUACAAGGCAUGUAACAAUGCCUGCAAGUUAUUUUUCUGUGAAAUACUUUUUCCCCUCUUGAACAAACAUUCUAUUUUUCUGGGUAUUUCUGGAUAGUUGUUCUAAACCUUACAUUUAGAUUGGUGCUUAAUUGGAGGUGAAGCUUAGUGUGAUUUUUUUUUUUUUUUUUCCAAGGUGUAAAAUAUUUGUCUUUAAAAAAAAACCAACUUUUUAUUAAGCCUCUCUGUGGCUGUGUGAGUGCAAGCUCUGUAUAGUGAGUUUUUUCUAAACUGUUAAGCAGAAACAUGCUGCUGCAAUAUUUUUAAUAAACUGGUCUGCAAGUACAUAUCUAAAGUGUCCAAAAGACUGAUAACGGCAGCUAGUGUGUAGAGUGCAAGAAAGUAGAUAUAUUUUACAAACUAGUAUGUGACCUUGAAGAUUUUUUUUUUUAUCGGGCUGCUGUACUAAGUGUCAGCAAAUGAACUUGCACUUUUAGGUUAAAUGAGUAGCUGUUUCUAGCAUUUUUAAAAACUUAAUCUUUUUUUGAUGUUUUGCACACACAAAAGGAAUUCUACAGGGCACCAUAGCAGUCUUUCUGAAAUAUUUCCUUUUUUGACUUACUGCAAGCAAGUAACCAUCUUCUCACUCCAGAAUAAAACUGAUGUUAUAAUUUGCAAAUACAAAGCACAUUGUGAAUAGAAAGAAUCAAGUCUGUGAGCUUCUAUGGUGGUGAAGCCUGUUAGUGGAUGUUAUCAGGAGAAAGCAGAGUAGCCUUCUUGUGAUAACCUGAGCUUCCCUGUGCUUGUAAGGGAGUUAACUGAGUCAGCGCUGUAUAUUCUGGUUACCCCUGUGCUCUGUGUAGACUUUUUUUUAAAACUCUGCCCCAAGUGCUCUUUGAAAGAGUUCAUAUCUUAGUCAGCCUUGUGUUGACAUCUUCCUGUAACUACAAGCAUUGGCAUAUGGAUUUAAAUUUUUCAAGACGUGAGAUAAUGGUGUUUGUUUUGUGUGGUGGAGGAAGAGAUCCCUGAUAUUUACCUCUGGGAUGAGGUUUCUCACACUUAUUUACUUUAGAAGUGAUGCGCUUUCUGAAGGACAAGGAUGCACUAAAUUAGCAAGUUUCUAAUAAAGUUGAAUAUAAAUUAUUUUUGUUUUAAAAUGCCUAAAGCUUUUCUUUAAGUGUUUAAACUGCAGGAAGUUCAGACAAAACUCAUUCCUGCUGACUAUGACAGUACAGUUUAUUCCACAAAAAUGUUUAUUUAAACAACUGAUUUUUUUAAAGAAUUAUUUCCAUCCAAUAUUUAAAGACUUGAAUUUUAUUUAAACUUGAAAAUGACUUUGCCUUAACUUUUGUACAAGACAGUUUAGAGUUAAUGAGGUCUGACCCCGUGGAGGGUUAGCAUGAAUGGCAUACAGAAUUACUCAGUUACAGUAUGUAUCUAUUGUCACUGGUCUUACUGGGUAAACAUACUGUAGUACAGGAACUAGCAGCAGUUUUUGUAAUAUACCUUAAAGAUCUUAAACAGUUGAUCUUUUUCAGAUUGUUGAAAAACCUGUAAAUGCAAAUAGUCAAUACUGUAUUAAAUAUGUGCACUUGGAAGUGUGUGCUUUGCUUGUACAGUUGUAAAUAAUCAGAACAUAUAAAAAGGUACCCUAAAGAAAAAAAUCUGAUAAAAAUUAUUGAUAUUAUAAAUGUUGCUGUUGAGCUGGAUGUAGAUAAACUAAAUGUUGUGGUUUGAAUAUUACUUUAAUUUGUUGUUUUUUCUUUUUCUUAUUUUAUUCUGGUGUGUUGAACUGACUCUGCCUCUUCACUGCAAAAGGGAAAUGGAAUGAAAGUCUUAUUUGAAAGCCCUCAAAUGUUUUCCUAAAGUCCCUUUAAAACCAAACAAUUUAACCAAUUCAAAAGUGUUCUGCAAUGUAAAUAAUGAAUUUCAGCAGUCAAACUGUAAUUUUUAAGUCAUUAAUAAAAAUCAAGUCUAAUUUGGGAAAAAACUUGACUGCUGCAAAAAUAUACACUGAAGCUUGUCUGCUUUCAAGAGUAUCAGUGCAUGGUUCAUAGAACUGUAAAGUAACUAUAGAAGUUGACUCCUGAUAAAUUUCCUAUUACAAGCAUCAAUUGGUAACCAGUUGGCAUUGUAAAUCCAGCCUGUUGUAUGCUGCAGAAUUGGUCAAAAUAGGGCACGUGGAGUCUGUUGAUUUUUCCUGUUUAAAAAGCGCACUUUGUAAAUGCUGUGGGAGGAGAUAGGACCCUGACACUAUCACCAAAACUGCUCAACUACUUCUGUCAUUGGAUUUUUUUAUCCCCUUCUCCUUUCCCCAGCGGCAGUGAAAGCGGUAGCUAGAUUUGUGUAUGGUUUAGGCCAGCUGUAUGAUUCAUUUUGUUUGUCUGCUGCAAGUGAAAGGCUUUACCAGCUGCAAACAGUGGCAAGUGGUCCCUUCCAGCGGCUGUGAGCGGCUCGUCCUGGUGCUCAGCUGGUACCCGAGGUGAUCUGUUGAGACCAGUGGGAUGUGUUGUGCUGUUCUAAUGUAUUCUGCUGCCAUUUGUGAUAGGUCAAUACACUGUAAUUACUGCUUACCCAGCAACAGUCUGUUGCAUCUAAAGUUUAAACCUUCCUCUGAUGUGGUUUUAUAGCUUUUUUUUUAAAAAAAAGUGACACGCCAAAUCGCUGUGUAAUAUACGAUACAACUUCUCCUCACUGUAAUUUUCCUUUGAGAUUUAUUACCCCCACCCCACUCAGUGACAAAAUGGAGUUUUCGGAGUAGAGUUGUGAAGUUGCAUGCAGACUGUUGCUAUGAUACAGAGAGGGAUUAAAACAUGGCUUUUAAAAUGAAAAACCUCCCAAAAACAGUAACUGAGCUCAAGGUUCAGGGAUACAGUAAUUAAUAUUGGCAUUUUACCCUGUUAGAGCUGUGUGAUGAUGCUUUUCAUUUUGAAAACAAGCCAAAAUGAGAUCUGAGAUUCUUCCAGGAAUUCUAAAAAAAAACAUUGCUUUCAAAACUGAAUGUAAUUUCAGAUCAGUUCCCACCCUGUGACACUGUCACUUAGAAAUGUGUGAGCAGUGACAAAUUUUUUGUGUUGCUGUGUUAUCCUUCAAAGCCUUGAGCCGCUGGCAUGGAAAGGCCCUUGUUGGAACGUGCUGCAGUGUAUCAGGAGCAACAGCUGGCUGUAAUGGUGCACACCUAUCUCUGUAUCUCCUUCAGCUACAGGUAGGGGUUUUGUGCUUUGUAACCUAUUACACUAAUAGCAGCAGACAAUCCAAGAUUUCUAAGGAGACCUAACAGCUGCCAAUUCACAAAAUAGAAGUGUAAUAUGGGAGCCUUUUUGAGGGUUUUUGUUUUUGUUCUUCUUCCAUUAAGACUGGAAUCAAGCUUACAUGUAAACUAUCAGUAAUUUAAGUUUCCUUUUGUGUCAUAAAAUGUAAAACUGUCUAAUUUGAAAAAAAAAUAUGUAGGUUAUGAAAAAUAAAGAUUUAGGCACUGUUGAA